AUAUAUGGCAGCCGGUAAGCAUGUAGGUAAAGUCCUCAUCAGAGUCAGAAAUGAAGAACCUGACUUGUAUGUCAAACCAGAAUUUAUUCCCCAAGACUGUCUCCCGAGGUUCAGAUGCACAGCUAACUUUUCAUUCAUCGUCUGUGGUGGUCUGGGAGGAUUUGGCCUAGAGCUAGCAGAUUGGCUCAUACUUCGAGGGGCAAGGAAAAUUGUACUGACAUCUAGAGUGGGUCUGCGCACAGGGUAUCAAGCAAGUCGAAUUCGAGUUUGGAGGUCAUAUGGUGUGGAAGUUGUCAUUUCAACGGCUGAUAUCACAACUCACCAGGGCGUUGAGUUGCUGCUGAAGCAAGCAAACGCACUAGGACCUGUCAAGGGAAUUUUUAACUUGGCUGUG